AUGUCAAUUAUCUAUAAUCUAUUGAAUCCUUUUAUAUUAUCUAUCUAUCUCUAUGUACCAAUAUCAAUAUCUAUGGGAAGCAAUUUUCAAUAUCUUAUCUAUCUAUCUAUCUAUCUAUCAAAUCUAUCUAUUUAUCGUUUACAUUUUCUAUUAUCUAUCUUUCUCUCUCUCAAUCAGAAUAUCCAUUACCAUUUAUUCAUUUUAACAUCUACUUUACAUGUUCUGAAAAAUUUAUCUCUCUCUAUCUAUAUCAUACAUAAAUAUUAUCUAUCUAUCUAUCUAUUUUUACGUUCCGGGUUAUUUUUCUUUAUUUAUCUAUCUAUCUAUUCAUCUAUUUAUCUAUCAUCUUUUUACAUGUUCUAUCUCUAUUUCUCUAUAUCUAUUUAUCUAUCUAUCUAUCUAUUUGAUUACCCUUUUUCUCAAAUGGAGACAUUUUAUAUCUAUAACCAUGAAAUGAUUACUUUUAUAUCAGCCUGUCCCCAUCUAUCUAUCUAUCUAUCUAUCUAUCUAUCUAUCUAUCUAUCUAUCUAUCUAUCUAUCACUAUUCAUUUGUGUCUCAGUCUAUAUCUAUCCAUUUCUCAGCUUCUUCAUAUUUAUCUAUCCCAGCAUGUUCUUUUUAUUUAUUUUGAUCUCUUCCUUAUCUAUCUAUCUAUCUAUCUAUCUAUCUAUCUAUCUAUCUAUUUGUCUGUCUAUCCAUCUCAGACUCUUCAUACCUCUUAA